AUGCCAUCUCAAGUUAAUGGCACGGCAGACACAAUACGUAUUCUUGUCGCUACCGACAAUCAUGUUGGCUAUACGGAGCGAGACCCUAUACGAGGCGAUGAUUCGUGGAAAACAUUUGAUGAAAUUAUGACCCUGGCCAAAGUUAGAGAUGUUGAUAUGGUUCUACUUGGGGGCGACCUUUUCCACGACAACGUUCCUUCCAGGAAAUCUAUGUACAAUGUAAUGCGAUCACUACGUCUGAACUGCUAUGGAGACAAGCCCUGCGAGCUGGAACUUGUUAGUGAUGGUACCGAACUCUUCGAUCCGACUAUUGGCCACGCAAACUACGAGGAUCAGAACAUUAAUGUCGCGAUACCAGUCUUCUCUAUACAUGGCAACCACGACGAUCCCUCUGGUGAAGGUCAUCUUGCAGCGCUAGAUCUUCUCGAGAUGUCAGGUUUGGUCAAUUACUUCGGUCGAAUUCGUCAAAGCGACAAGAUAGAUGUCAUACCUGUAUGCCUUCAGAAAGGCUCAACCAAAGUUGCCCUCUAUGGCAUGUCGAAUGUCAGAGACGAACGCAUGUAUCGUACUUUUCACGACGAGAAUGUUGCCUUCCAUAAGCCUAGCAUACACGACGAUGAUUGGUAUAGUAUUGCUGUGGUGCACCAGAAUCAUCAUGCUCAUGGUCCAACCUCAUAUCUGCCGGAGAAAUUCUUGCCACAAUUCCUUGACCUUGUCAUUUGGGGCCACGAGCAUGAGUGCGUGAUUGAACCCUCACUUAACCCGCAGAUGACCUUCAAAGUCAUGCAGCCUGGUUCAUCUGUAGCCACUUCGCUCGCUCCAGGUGAGGCAGUCCCAAAACACGUCGCCAUACUCAGCAUUACUGGCAAGAACAUGAAGUGUGAACCAAUCAAACUCAAGACAGUACGGCCAUUUGUGUACAAAGAGAUUGUCCUCGGCAUGAACGAAAAGGCCAAGGCAAUUGCAGAAAAGCCAGGUCAUAGACACAGACUUACCGAGUGGCUGAUGAAGCAGGUCGACGAUUUGAUUGACGAAGCUAACCAACAAUGGGAAGCAGAUCGUGAAGAGGAUGGCACAAAUGAUGAACAAGAACGACCACUACCACUCAUCAGACUACGGGUUGAACAUGGGUCAAUCGAAGGCUUCCGCUUCGAGCUCGAGAAUCCUCAACGCUUCAGUAACCGUUUCUCAGGUCGAGUUGCGAACAAUCAUGAUGUCGUACAAUUCUACAUCAAGAAGAGGACUGUUGUAGCCGCACGAACGAAGGCUUCCGAGGAACUCAAGCAGUUAAUGGAUAGACCAGAAACAGCAGAGAGUGUCAAAGUCAGCAAGCUUGUGGCUGAGUUCCUGUCUGCGCAGUCGCUGACGAUACUACCACAAAACUAUUUUGGCGAUGCUGUAAAUCAGUACAUUGAGAAGGACGACAAGCACGCCAUGGAUCUAUUCGUGGACGACUCUUUAUCGAAACAGAUACAGGCCAUGGUCGACAUGAACGCAGAGCAAGACGAAAUGGAUGAUGACAUGACCGCUGGAUUUUCCGAUUUUCGAGCCCGUCUGGAAGAGCAAUUCAUGAAAGGAGAAAUCAAAAGAAAAGCGGGCGACAAGUCUAUAUACAAACCUAAACCUCCCGACUACGACAGCGAAAUGGACGGGCCGUGGGAGGAACAGGCAGCAGCGCGCAUCACAGUCGGCGCUGAUAAGGACGGCGACGCAGAAUCGGAUAACGAUAGUGACGCGACUCCAAAACCGGCACAUGCACCUGCACGAGGAAGAGGACGUGGAAGAGGCGCAAGAGGUGGGACGACAAGCACGAGGGCGAGAGGUGGUGCAGCCGUCAAGAAGACGACAGCAUCAAGAUCCUCCGCUACUACCAGUACUCGCGGCAAAGGUCGCAAGAAAAUAAUCGAAGAAGAGUCUGAGGAAGAAGACGCCAACAGCGACAUAAUUAUGCUCGAUGACGACGACGGCGACGACGAAGACGCCGCUAGUCCCAGUAUUGACUCCGACUCACAAGCAAUGUUCUUCCCCGAAGUGAAGAGCGUAGGCAGUAAACCCACGGCAACAACCAAUGGGUCAGCGCGAGGAUCUCGAGCAGGUUCCCAAACAAACAAUACCACAGCCUCGAAACCAGCAACUAAAUCAGCAGUUCCUGUAGCGUCAACGAGGAAACCCGCCGCACGUGCGGCUGCAGCGCGAAGCAACAAGCAGAGUACAUUGAGUUUCACGAAUAGUCAAGCGAGCGUGUUUGGGAAUGGGGGAGGAGGAGGGCGAAGUCAGCGAAAUGUCAAUGAUAUCGAGGAUGAUGACGACGAUGAUGAGGAUGCGUUUGAGCCGGCGACUACAUCUAGAAAGAGCACGAGGAGUCGGAGGUGA